UGUAAUGGAGGAAGCAUGCAAGGAGUUGGAGGAGAUGAGGUGUGAAAUGGAGAUGCUUAAGGCGGAAAACAAGGCUAACUAUCAACAUUCUGAGAGUUUGAGGAGAGCGUUUGAAGUGCAACUGGUCAAGUUGCAGAAUGCGAGGGUGGAGAUUGAGCAGCAAGCAAAAGAGAUUGAUGCAAAGUCAGAGGAGAUUUCAAUGGUAACACAUAAGUAUGAUGACCUUCAGUCAAGUUUUCAGGAGAAGGAAUCAGCCUUGAAACAGCUGAGCUUGUCUAAUGAGAGUAUGAGGACCGGAUUUAAGGACAAGAUUAAAGAGUUAGAGCAAGUCAACAAGGAGCUUGUUUUUGCUCUGGAUGAAGCCAAUGUCAAGGCUGAAGAAAGGGAGAAAAUGGUAUGUGGAUAUAAAAAGGAAAUUGAAGUUCUGAAGGGACUUUUGUCUGAGUCUCAAAAGAAAAAUUGUGAUGCAGAGCUCAGAGCUCAGGCGCCUAAAGAAUCAAGAAGAAGAGAUGAAAUGUUAGAUGAGUUAUUGAAGGAGAAAGUGGAAAUCGAGGUUCGACUUAAAUGGAAGAUAGAACAGUUUAGGCACCUUGAAGAAGCGCUUAAUAAAAUUCAAGAGGAAUUCCAGACAAGUAAGAAAGAAUGGGAAUCAGAGAAAUCAAAUUUGCUCAAUGAUAUUUCUUCUUUACAAUCAAGUUUAGAUUUUGAGAUUCAAGUUACCAAUGACCUUCGUUCUCAGUUACAAAUGUGCAACCAAGCAUUAGCUCAUGAAGAAAGCCGGAGAAGAUCGCUUGAGAUACAGAUGCAUGAAUCCAAAGAAAUGUAUGAGAACAUUGCCUUGGAGUAUGAGGAGGUCAAAUCAAAAUUUGAGACUCUAACCACUAGAAGAGAUGACGAAAUAGCUUCAAUUAGAAACUCCAUGUCUGCUAAAAAUACACUGUUAAAAGAACUAGAGUUUAAGAACACCUAUCUUAAACAAGAAAAUCAGGAAUUGCUUGAAUCUUUGAAAGAGGCCCAGGAAGCUCAGAUCAAUGGCGUAGAUGCUUCGUCUUCUUUAAAAUCCUUGCGUCUAAAAUUUAGAGCACUUGAGUUGGCACAUAAAGAAUGCUCAGAUAAACUAAAAGCCAGGGAAGUUCAUUGGAGUCAACAGGGGACAAAGCUUACUGAGGAACUUGAUGAGUGUUUGUUAAAGUUGAACUCCAAAGAUCAUGAAAUCAGUGACCUCAAGGAAGAACUUGAAUGCAGCCAAUGCAUGGCAAUACAGACUAGAAUAGAGAGUGAGGAGAUAUUUAUUAUAAAUAUCAUAUUGAAAUCAAAGUUCGUGGAAAUCUUUCGUGAUCUCAAAGGUUUUGAUCGUAUAGUAGAGCAGACAAAUGAAAGAGCUGGGGAAAGGGUUGGCUUUCUGACAAAGCAAUUACAGAAUACGAGUAUUGCUCUUACCAAAUCCCUAGCAGAGGUCUCUGAUGAAAGAAAAAAGGUGGAUUUCCUCCAGUCAAAGGUUGAGCAAUUAGAACAUGUUAAUGGGGAAUAUUUAUCAAUGCAGAAAGAACUUGCUUCUUCCAAGGGAAUGCUUGCAGAACUUUCAAGGAAUAUUGACAGUGUAAAAGAACAAGCUGCUCAGAAGGAACUUGAUCUGCAACAUAAAUUGCUGAGUGUUUCGUUUGCUUUAGAAAAGGCAAAUUCUUCUGUUUCUGAAAAGAUGGCUGCAUUAGACGAAGUUGAAUUUGAAUUGGAGCAACAGAAAAUUGUUGUUAGUCAGUUGAAGAAGGUUAAGCGUGAUUUAGUAACUGAGCUGAAGGGAUGCCAUGCUGAAAACCACGAUAGGAAAAGGUGCAUGGAGGAAGCUAUUCUUGAAAAAAUGGAAAUGAAAAAGGUUUUAAAGGAAGUAGAAGAAAACUUUCUUCUACUGUUAGAAGAAAAUGAAAGGAGAGUAGCUGAGCUUGAACUAAUAAAAGUCAUACUGGAAGAACAUAUUACUAAGAUAGACUUGGACAUCUCUGCCGUUCCAAAAGUGGUAUUUCCCCAAUCUGUGAAGAAGAAAAUAGACGAGCUUCUAGUUUUACUUGAAAGUGUGGGUAGGAAGCUAACUUUCUUCGAAGAUGCUAUUGAUUUGCUGGAGCAGAGUCAUGGGACAAGAGAUAAUGGCAUUUUGAUCAAUCUUGAAAAAUUCAGAGCAGCAUAUGCAGAUUUCGUAGAAGAAAAGCUCUAUGUAAUUUCUGAUAUACAACAACGAAUUUUAUCAUAUGAUGGUACAGCAAAUUACUGGCUUGAUGAGUUAGAUAAGCUAAAAGCAGCUCAAAUUCUUGAUAAGCAGGAAUUGCAUUACAAGAGUUUAUUGAUUUCUGAGUUACAGAAAGGUUUUCUUGCUUUGCUUGCUAAAUUAGAAUCUGAAGAAAAAUUGUCAGACCAGUUAGCAACUGAGAAAUUUCAUUUAGAAAGUGAACUCAAGAGGCUACGUAGCAAUCAAAGGUAUUUAAAGGAGGAAAUAGAAGCUGAGAACAAGAGAAUAACUCUUCAUGAGGUCAAGGAAAAGUUCUCAUGGCAGAGGGAACUUUUUCUUGAACAGAUUACAGGUUUGGGCGAUGUCAUCGGGAAGGUGUCCAGCAAAGGUGAAGAGGUGAGGAAAAACUGGGAUAAAAUCUUGCAAAAAACAAUAUAUGGGGUUGAUAUUGUUACUGAAAUGGAAUGUGAUGAUCUCAUAAGCUGCAAAAUGACACAUGCGAGAAAGUAUACUUCAGCUAUUACUGACAAUGCAGGCGAAAUACUUAACAGAAGACUGCCAUUGGAGCAGAACUUCAAUUAUUGAAUGUCUUAUAGAAGACCUGUUACAAUGAUGGGGCUCAUGAAUGUGGGACAAAUUAUUUUAUGUGGACACCGGACGGGUGAACCGCCCGGUAUUCUCUCUGUCUACAGUAAAAGCGCAGCUCAGAAAAUCGAACGGUUCUCUACGUCUAAUGUGUCCGCACAAAAUAAUUUCUCAUCCAUAGGUAGUGGUUGAUUUAGUGCUUUCACAUUUGAAAUUGAACACUCUAGAAUUCUUUUGUCAUUUUGAGCAUGGAAAAUUACUAACUUUGUGAUGACAUGAUCCUUUCCAUAACAUAAAAUAUAAAUUUAA